AUGAGCCAGGACCUCAAGCAACUCCUCCUCCUGGUAUCUGCAAGCAAUGCCGGUGUCUUUGAGACUGGUGCAGACAUUAUUCAGGUGUGUUGUUCGGCUAGAAAUCAAAAUCCAAAACAUGCCCUAGAGGACUUUUUCAUCUGGGCUUUACAGGUCUCAGAAGUUUUCCAGUCAAGCCUUAAGGUAGCUGUAGAGUCAUUUGACUCGCUGGCCAAAUUAGGAAAAUUAAAGAAAAGCGACGGUCUUCUUGUAAAGGCAACUUUAUCGGGUCAAGAUAAAGACAGGAGACCACGAAAGUUCAGAGAAGGUGAACAAGUUUCAGUAAGAUGCCACCAGGGAUUCAGCCUUGAAAAUGGUGAAAAUAUAGUAACUUGUACAAAAAAUGGUUGGUCACCUACUCCACAUUGGAUGGACCUAGGAAGUAUUAUGGAUGAAGAACCGGCAAGAUUUGACAGCCUACCGAAUGUGAGAGUAGAGGAACAGCGAGGAGUCGAGGAUGGUGCCGAAAUUGUGGGCUUCUGGGACAGAGAGGAUUGUGGUGAGAUGGAGUUUGAUACAAAAGAAACCUGCAUUAGACCAGAAUUCAGGAAUGCCAGAUAUGAGGGAAAUGAAACACUGUUUCAACUAAACAGCAAACUAGAAUAUGAAUGUCUUGAUGGAUACAGUCAUGGAGAAGGAAGGAGCACAACAGAUUCCAUAGUGUGUGGUGAGGAUGGGUGGUCCCAUACACCUGAAUACCAAGAAAUAGAAUGUUACCUCCCAGCCUUGAAUUCAAACAUCAGAGUAAUUCAAGGGAAGGAUAAAUUUAAAGUUGGAGAUGUGUUUUCAUUUGCCUGUCUGAACCAGAAGAAAAGAGUCGGCCCUCAGUCCAUUCAGUGCUACCACUUUGGAUGGUCCCCUGACCCGCCUACAUGUCAAGAAGAAGGAUUUCAAGUUUUCCUUCCUGGUACUCCUAAAUCUCACCCCCAAAAUCCUAAAGAGACAGCCAAGGCUUGUAAUCCUCCACCCAGGCUUGCCAAUGGCAAAGCAAAUCCAAACACUGAGAAGAGUUCAUAUCAUCACGGAGAAGUGGUGGAUUAUGAAUGUGAUGCAAAAUUUAUAAUGGAAGCACCCAAGAGAAUAGAAUGCAGUGAUGGAAAAUGGACAUCAUUACCUUCUUGUAUUGAGGUUGAAAAAACAUGCGGCGACCCUCCGGAAGUUGACCAAGGUGCUCUCAAAUCGAGCCAUCCUCCACCAUAUCAUCAUGGGGACUCAGUGGAAUACAAAUGCAAAGGAACUUUUAUAAUGGUUGGAAUAAAGACUGUAACAUGUAUUCAAGGAACUUGGACAGCUCCUCCUCAGUGCACUGGAACUGAUCAACUUAAGAAAUGCACAGAACCUCAGGAGCCUUUAAAUGGAAGAAUUAUUUCAUUAAAGAAGCAUGAAUAUAAACAUAAUGACUUUUUCACUUACAUUUGUGAUGCAAAUUUUGAAGCUGAAGAAUCUACAAGAAUAUCAUGUAGAAGAAAAUCGUGCUCACCCCCACCACAAAUACCUCAGGCCCUGACUGUAUCAACCUCAGUGAGUUUUCUGAAUGGGGAAAGUGUCACUGUUUGGUGUGAGGAUAAGUAUUUGCUCCAAGGACCAAAAGAAAUUAAAUGUGAAAAUGGAGCUUGGAAAUUUGUCCCACGUUGCUUUGUUCAGAAUGAAUUCCUGUUCAGAAUUUGCUCUGACAUCCUGCUAGAUGUGAACUGUAAACCUUUGGGUUGUCAGUUAAAGUGUGGAAAAAAGGCUUUCCACUGCCUACAGUGGUGGCUUGAUUUCACUUUCAAACUUGUCAUUGACUGCCUGAUACGAAGAAAGCAGUAUUGGCCAUUAAAUGUGUCCCUCUACUCUUCUCACAUACUAAAAAUGAGAUUUCAGCAAUGGAUUGUUUUUUAUCUUUCGUGGAUUUACUGUGCGGCACAAGAGGCACCUGGAAAAUGCGGACCACCUCCACCUAUUAACAAUGGAGACAUCACUUCUUUCCCAUUACGUGAAUACCCUUCUGGAGCCCAGGUGGAAUACAAGUGCCAGAACCUUUAUAAACUGGAGGGUUCCAAAGAUGUGAGGUGUGAAAAUGGGAAGUGGUCAAAUCCACCGUCGUGCUUAGAGGCAUGUACAACAUCGCCAGAAGAUAUGGCGAGAAACAAUAUACAGUUGAAAUGGAGAAACUUGGAAAAAAUAUACGUUGAAACUGGAGAUAUGACUGAAUUUACCUGCAGAAAUGGAUUUAGGAAAGCUCAAGGAUCACCUCCUUUUAAAGUACAGUGUAUACAAGGAAAAAUGACCUAUCCCAUCUGUGUUCAAUGGGAAGCUGGAGAAUGCGGACCACCUCCGCCUAUUGACAAUGGAGACAUCACCUCUUUCCCAUUACAAAAAUACCCUUCAGGAGCCAAAGUGGAAUACAAGUGCCAGAACUUUUAUAAACUGGAGGGUUCCAAAGAUGUGACGUGUGAAAAUGGAAAGUGGUCAAACCCACCGUCGUGCUUAGACUCAUGUACGGCAUCACCUGAAGAUAUGGCAAGAAACAAUGUACAGUUGAAAUGGGGAAACUGGGAAAAAAUAUACUCUGAAACUGGAGAUACCAUUGAAUUUGCGUGCAGAAGAGGAUUUAGGGAAGCUCCAGGAUCACCUCCUUUCAGAGCACAGUGUAUACAAGGAAAAUUGACUUAUCCCAUCUGUGUUCAAUACUCAUGUACGGCAUCUCCUGAAGAUAUGGCGAGAAACAAUAUACAGUUGAAAUGGGGAAACUGGGAAAAAAUAUACUAUGAACCUGGAGAUAUCAUUGAAUUUACCUGCAGAAGUGGAUUUAGGAAAGCUGAAGGAUCACCUCCUUUUAGAGCGCAAUGUGUAGAAAGAAAAUUGACCUUUCCCAUCUGUGUUAACUGGGAAGCUGGAGAAUGCGGACCACCUCCGCCUAUUGACAAUGGAGACAUCACCUCUUUACCGUUACAAAUAUACCCUUCGGGAGCCAAAGUGGAAUACAAGUGCCAGAACCUUUAUAAACUGGAGGGUUCCAAAGAUGUGAUGUGUGAAAAUGGAAAGUGGUCAAACCCACCGUCGUGCUUAGGCUCAUGUACGGCAUCUCCUGAAGAUAUGGCGAGAAACAAUAUACAGUUGAAAUGGGAAAACUGGAAAAAAAUAUUCUUUGAACCUGGAGAUAUCAUUGAAUUUACCUGCAGAAGUGGAUUUAGGAAAGCUCAAGGAUCGCCUCCUUUCAGAGCACGGUGUAUACAAGGAAAAUUGACCUAUCCCAUCUGUGUUCAAUGGGAAGCUAGAGAAUGCGGACCACCUCCGCCUAUUGACAAUGGAGACAUCACCUCUUUCCCGUUACAAAAAUACCCUUCAGGAGCCAAAGUGGAAUACAAGUGCCAGAACUUUUAUAAACUGGAGGGUUCCAAAGAUGUGACGUGUGAAAAUGGAAAGUGGUCAAACCCACCGUCGUGCUUAGACUCAUGUACGGCAUCUCCCGAAGAUAUGGCAAGAAACAAUAUACAGUUGAAAUGGGGAAGCUGGGAAAAAAUAUACUCUGAAACUGGAGAUAUCAUUGAAUUUGCAUGCAGAAGUGGAUUUAAGAAAGCUGAAGGAUCACCUCCUUUUAGAGCGCAAUGUAUAAAAGGAAAAUUGACCUAUCCCAUCUGUGUUCACCGCCGGGGCAGUGAGGGUCUCGGCAGGGUCUUUCAGCUGGCUGGGCUGGCUGCUCCUGUCCCCCAGUACAGCCACCCGCCUGGCUGCCGGCAGUCAGUGGGGAGAUAUUGGCCACUAAAUGUGUCCCUCUACUCUUCUCAGAUAUUAAAAAUGGGAUUUCUGCAAAGGAUUGUUUUUUUAGUAUCAUGGACAUACUGUGCUGCACAAGGAAAUUGUAAAAAAAUCUAUAUUAAUAAUGGGCAUUUUUCUAAAACAAAUGAGUUGUAUAAUUUAGAUGAAACUGCACAGUACCUAUGUACAGAAGGAUAUACGACACCAGAAGGAACAGAAUCAGGACAUUUGAAAUGCUUGGAAAAAGGAUGGUCAGUUCGACCAAAGUGUAUUAAAACCUGUAAAAGGCCAGAAUUCAAGAAUGCCCGAUAUAAGGGAAACCAAACAGUGUUUCAUCUUAAUGGCAAACUAGAAUAUGAAUGUCUAGAUGGAUACAUUCGCAGAGAAGAAAGGAGUACAGUGGAUUCCAUAGUGUGUGGUGUGGACGGGUGGUCCCAUCUACCUGAAUGCCAUGAAACAGAAUGUGAUAUUCCAGACCUGAAGCCAAACAUAAGAGCAAUUAAUGGGAAGGAUAAAUUUAAAGUUGGAGAUGUGUUGUCAUUUGCCUGUCAGAAGAAACUGAAAAGAAUCGGACCUGAGUCCAUUCAGUGCUACCACUUUGGUUGGUCCCCGGAACCUCCUACGUGUCAAGAGGUGGUCAAAUCCUGUGGACUGCUACCCAAGCUUGCCAAUGGAAAAGCUAAUCUAAACAUUAAGAAGUGGUCGUAUCUUCAUGGAGAAGUAGUGGAAUAUGAAUGUGAUGCAAAAUUUAUAAUGAAAGGACCCAAGAGAAUUGAAUGCAGUGAUGGAGAAUGGACAUCACUGCCUGCUUGUAUUGAGGUUGAAAAAACAUGUGAUGACCCUCCUGAACUCAACCAAGGUGAUCUGAAAUCUAGUCAUACUCCACCAUAUCAUCAUGGGGAUUCAGUAGAAUACAGUUGCAAAGAAGCCUUCAUAAUGAUUGGAAACAAGAUAGUGACGUGUAUUCAGGGGACUUGGACAGCUCUUCCACAGUGCAUUGGAAUAAAUCAACUGAAGAAGUGUUCAGUGCCACCAGAUCCUUCAGAUGGAAAGAUUACUUCAACGAAGGAGAAUGACUAUAAACACAAUAGUUUCUUACUUUUCAUUUGCAAUGCAAAUUUUGAAGCUGAAGAGUCUACAAGAAUACCAUGCAUAAAUGGAAAAUGGCAACGUCUCCCCAAGUGCUUGAGUAAAGAGAGAAGAAAACUGUGCUCCCCUCCACCUCAAAUACCUCACGCCCAGAUGAUAUCAACGACUGUGAGCUAUACUAAUGGGGAAACUCUAGCUGUUCGGUGUGAGGAUGACUACCUGCUCCAAGGACCAGAAGAAAUUAAAUGUGAAAAUGGAGUGUGGAAAUUCGUUCCACGUUGUGUUAGUAAUGGAAAAUGUGGGCCACCUCCGCCUAUUGACAAUGGAGACAUCACCUCUUUCCUAUUACGUGAAUACCCACCCGGAGCCCAAGUGGAAUACAAGUGCCAGAACCUUUAUAAACUGGAGGGUUCCAAACAGGCAACAUGCAUAAAUGGGAAAUGGUCAAAUCCACCAUCAUGCUUAGAGGCAUGUACAGCAUCUCCAGAAGAUAUGCUGAGAAACAAUAUUGAGUUCAGAUGGAGUGAUUCUAAAAAACUGUACAGCGAACCUGGAGACGUCAUUGAAUUUUCUUGCAAAAAGGGAUUUAAGAAAGCUUCAGAAUCACCUCCUUUUCGAGCAAAAUGCUUGCAAGGAACAAUUAUCUACCCCAAGUGUAUUGAAGAAGCAUGUGUAACAUCUCUAGAAGAUAUGGUGAGAAACAAUAUUGAGCUCAGAUGGAGUCCCUCUGAAAUACAGUACAUUGACCCUGGAGAUGUCAUUGAAUUCGCAUGCAAAUUGGGAUUUAAUAAAGCUCCAGGCUCACCUCCUUUUAGAGCAAAAUGUUUUCAAGCAACUAUAAUCUACCCUCAAUGUGUUAAAGAGUCAUGUACAACAUCUCUAGAAGAUAUGGUGAGAAACAAUAUCGAGUUCAGAUGGAGUUCCUCUAAAAUACAGUACAUUGAACCUGGAGGUGUCAUUGAAUUCGCAUGCAAAUUGGGAUUUAACAAAGCUCCAGGAUCAGCUCCUUUUCGAGCACAGUGUUUGCAAGGAACAAUAAUGUAUCCCAAGUGUGUUAAAGAGACAUGUACAACAUCUCUAGAAGCAAUGGUGAGAAACAAUCUUGAGCUCAGGUGGAGUGACUCUAAAAUACAGCACAUUGAACCUGGAGAUGCUGUUGAAUUUACUUGCAAAUUGGGAUUUACAAAAGCUCCAGGAUCAGCUCCUUUUCGAGCACAAUGUUUGCAAGGAGUAGUACUCUAUCCCAAGUGUAUUGAAGGAUUACAAUUGAAAAAAGAAUGAGGAUUAAAAAAACCCAGGAUCAAACUAAUUGGAUUUUUACCAUCAUUUGAAGAUACAUCUGAAAAUAUUAACAAUAUUCUGCAAAAUGAUCUUUGAUGUCUGUUUUAUAAAUCAGUUUCUUCAUUCAUUCACUUAUUUAUUUGCCUAAAUUAAUGAGAUGUCAAUCAAUUAUAUUCAUAGCCAUACUGUGUUAAAGCUAACAUAUGAAGAUAAUAUGAGAUAAUAAUAAUAAUAAUAAUUGUGGUAUCUGUUAA